UCAGAUUUCUGUAUCCCUCACUAACAACAAACAAAAGAUCGGGUUUACCUACAGAGCUAUCUGUCGAUGUCCAGUCUCAAUUUAGUACAUAGGAUUUAUUGUGUCUCAUAAAGUGAGCGCGUCGAACUUUUCUAACAUGUUCUAGAUGGCGAAUGUGGGCUAGAGCUUUACUUCAUUUGCGCUGUGAAUGUCAGCUAAUGUUAGCUAGCUGUUACGAUUGCUUACUUCACAAGCAAGCUGAGGAGCUAACGCGAGUUUAUCUUUGCUAGCAUUGAAGCUAGCUGGCUAGCUGGUUACAACAUAGGACCACGACAUUUGUGGUCAGAUAAACGACUAAAAUCUGUCACUCUUAAAUAGCAGUCCAGCUGAAAAAAGCUGGCUAGCUAUUAAAACAAACGAAACAGAACUAAUCGUCAUGUCAGGACCAUCAUCGGGCUGUGGAUUUCUGAUGUCGGUUGUUGUUCACGGAGACUCUGCUCUUAACGAGCAGGAAAAGGAGCUCAAUCAGCGACUUAGAAGGCUAUAUCCAGCUGUAAAUGAACAAGAGACUCCACUGCCUAAAUCAUGGAGUCCCAAGGACAAGUUCAGUUACAUUGGUCUUUCACAGAACAAUCUACGAGUACAUUACAAAGGACAUGGAAAGACCCCAAAAGACGCUGCCUCUGUGAGGGCAACUCAUCCUAUCCCAGCAGCCUGUGGCGUUUACUACUUUGAGGUGAAAAUCAUCAGUAAAGGGCGAGAUGGUUACAUGGGCAUUGGCUUGUCUGCACAGGGUGUCAACAUGAACAGACUUCCAGGUUGGGACAAACACUCCUAUGGUUACCAUGGAGACGACGGCCACUCCUUCUGCUCCUCGGGUACAGGGCAGCCAUAUGGGCCGACUUUCACCACUGGUGAUGUGAUUGGCUGCUGUGUCAACCUCAUCAACAACACCUGCUUCUACACAAAGAAUGGUCAUAGUCUAGGUAUUGCUUUCACAGAUUUACCGCCCAACCUGUACCCUACAGUGGGUCUACAGACCCCAGGGGAGGUGGUGGAUGCUAACUUCGGGCAGCACCCCUUCGUCUUUGACAUUGAAGACUACAUGCGGGAAUGGAGGACAAAGAUCCAGUCCCAGAUCGACCGUUUCCCUAUAGGGGAGCGAGAGGGCGAAUGGCAGGCCAUGCUCCAGAAGAUGGUGGCCUCCUACCUAGUUCACCACAGCUACUGUGCCACUGCUGAGGCCUUUGCCAAAUCCACCGAUCAGGCCGUGCACGAGGAACUGGCUUCCAUCAAAAACAGACAGAAAAUCCAGAAGUUGGUCCUGUCAGGAAGAAUGGGAGAAGCUAUAGAGACGACACAGCAGCUUUAUCCCAGUCUCUUAGAGAGAAACCCAGACCUCUUAUUCAUGUUGAAAGUCAGGCAGUUCAUCGAGAUGGUGAAUGGCACAGACAGUGAGGUCCGGUGCCUGGGAGGGCGAAGUCCCAAGUCCCAGGACAGCUACCCAGGGUCGCCUCGCCCCUUCAGCAGCCCCACCCAUAAAGCCAGUGGCUCACAGGCCUACCUGACAGGAUUCGAGAGUAACGGCUGUAAUGGUAUGUCGUCCAGUAAAGCCUCUUCCUCAGCCCACUGUACAAAAGCCUGCCCGUCCGGUGUGGCCAGCGGUGACCCCGGCAGCAUGAACGGCACACGCAGCCAGCAGCAGCAGCCCAGCACCAGCAGUGAGGUGGAGAUGGAGGUGGAUCACUUCACCAAUGGCGUGUCCGAAUCGUCCUCCAAUGGCUUUCUCAAUGGGAGCUCAGUGCAUGGCGUGGAACCAGAUGACUGUGAUGCAGAUAUGGAGGUGGAACUGGCUCAGUUCAAGAGGCAGCUGUGUGGAGGCAGCCAGGCGGCCAUAGAGAGGAUGAUCCACUUCGGACGGGAGCUGCAGAGCAUGAGCGAGCACCUCCGCCGGGAACGUGGCAAGAACGCCACCAACAAGAAGAUGCUGAAGGAUGCCUUCAGUCUGCUCGCAUACUCCGAUCCCUGGAGUAGUCCAGUGGGCUAUCAGCUGGACUCAAUCCAAAGAGAGCCGGUCUGCUCCACACUCAACAGUGCAAUACUUGAGACUCACAACCUGCCCAAGCAGCCCCCCUUGGCCCAGGCGGUUGGCCAGGCUGCGCAAUGUCUGUCCCUCAUGGCGCGCACUGGCAUUGGCUCCUGCGCCUUCGCUUCAGUGGAUGACUACCUGCACUAACCUUCAGAGAAUCCCCCCUCCCCCCCCUCCCCUCCCCUCACACACACACACACACACACACACACACACACAUUUGAUCCUGAAGCCAGACCUGACCCUCCCAUCCCCCAACCGCCAUGCAGCAAGAUGACCACCCUCCCCCUCCAGCUCCAGCUCCAGCUCCCCCUCCUCAUUAUCACCACCCACGAGUCCACACCGGGCCUGCCAGGGUGCAUCCCCUCAGUCGGGCCCCCAGCACCUCCCAGGGCCCUGGCCCACCCUGAAGACUGGAUCCACUCUUCCUAGGUCACGUUAGACUUAUGGCACAUCAGGAUGAAGAUCCCUGAGCCAGAAAAAAAAAAUCCCUGAAUCAUUACCUGGAUGUUCAUUUUUCCCCUUUGGCUUAUUAUCCCUAUUAUUUUAAAACAUUUUAAUUUUUGGGUUGAGGAUGUGUUGCACAUGGAUUGGGGGGGGGGGGAGGCAAGCUCUGAUUGUUUCCUAGUUUACAAGGCAUGAUGCAAAUGAUUAUGAUUAUUAUUAAUGUUAUUAUUAUAUUAUUAAACUUGCAUAAAUAUAUAUUUGUUCUUGGUUGAAAGCUGGCAGAAUCAGCACGGCCGACUAAUAAAGGUCCCAUCACAGUAAACCCUUGCUACUUACAAGUGUCAGCCUGUGUACAUGUUACUAUUCACAAAUCCUGAGUGAGAUUGUAUUAAUGAGAAGUGUGGAAUACUUUAGUGAUUUGCAUAAAGAAAAUAAGUUUCAACCCAUUAAGUGUAAUACUGCAGGAUUAGGUAUGUUAGGAGAUUGUAGGAGCUCCUCCAGUAAGGAAAUCCCUAUGUGCAUAAACCUCCACCUCCCUUUGCCAACAGCUCAGCAGGUUUGAUGCAAUGUUUGGGGCGCAGAUUCAUUUUUAACUGUGUAAUGUCCACACUUGCCCCCUUCCCCUUUCUUUCACCUCAUUCUUUUUAUUUUUUUUCUCACUUUGCUUUCUCCUGCAAGCCAGUCUCUUAAAUUACCUUUCGCUUUGUUGCUGCUCAGUAUGGCUGUAUAUCUGACAAAAAGACAUCAUGUCCAGCCUCAGCCAUUUUUAUUUCCUACUCAUCCCCCCUAUGGCCCUCAGUGCUGUGCUUUAAGAAGUAACGACACGGGAGACUGGUUCAGUAUUGUCAACAGCACUGUCUUAAAAUUUACAAUAAAAUUACCCCACCUAGGAGGACCGCGUCA